GUUUAUUAUUUAAAUUGUCAAACUCAUAGAAUUGUCAAAAUGAAAUGUAACACAAAUUUUGGUAUCCUUACAUUUUGACGACUUUACCCUGAAAGUGCAAAAUUUUUUACAGUGUAUACGUGUCUGACAGCAGCUGUCAUUCUGCACAUGUAGCAAAUGUCAAAAUCAAAAUAGAAACGAAAUUUUUUACCCAACAUUGACAACCAAAAUCAACUGUUCGCCAAAGGCUCAUUUUUCGUAAUAAUACCAAGCAAUGUUUAAGUAAAUAUAUAUUUCGGUCAAAAAAUUAAAAUUAAGCAAGUAAAACACAAAUUGCAGUGCAUUUGAACUCACAUAAAAUAAAAUGAGUCAAAGAAUACUAAGCCAAAUACGAAAUUCUUACAAGAGUUUUCUACGAUAUUCAAGUUACUGGCAACAUUUUCAAAGAUUUGCUACAAAAGUUUCAGUACCAGAAAAUGAAAUUGGCAGCGGGACCGGCAUUGGCAAAAUAACCGGAAGAUCACGUAAUGACCAUGGAAUUUUUCAAGUAAAUAAACCUUCCACAAAAGUUGUAACGUUUUUACCACCACUAACGGAUGAAGUCCAAGAGUUACCAGACGUAGAGUAUGCAAAACCAUUAGCAGACAGCAGUACUACACAAGUAACUAAACUGGAAAAUGGUUUAAGAAUAGCAUCAGAACCACGUUUCGGACAAUUUUGCACUGUUGGCUUAGUUAUCGAUUCAGGCCCACGUUAUGAGGUUACAUAUCCAAGUGGAGUUUCACAUUUUCUUGAAAAACUAGCAUUUAAUUCCAGCAAAAACUUUCCCAAUAAAGAUGCAAUACUACAAGAAUUGGAAAAAAAUGGUGGUAUAUGUGAUUGUCAAAGUUCGCGAGAUACACUUAUUUACGCAGCCAGUAUUGAUAAUCGCGCGGUACAAUCGGUCACACGCUUAUUGGCUGAUGUAACGCUUAGGCCAACAUUGCUUGACGAAGAAGUAAGUUUGGCACGCAAAGCCGUACAGUUUGAACUCGAAAACUUAGGCAUGCGACCGGAACAGGAACCUAUUCUAAUGGAUAUGAUACAUGCUGCUGCAUUUCGGGAAAAUACGCUAGGGUUACCAAAACUGUGUCCACCUCAAAAUCUAGAUCUUAUAAAUAGAAAUGUAUUAAUGAAUUACUUGAAAUUCCACCAUUCCCCAGAGCGCAUGGUAAUAGCUGGCGUUGGUGUUAAUCACGGCGAACUGGUAGAAUAUGUUCAGAAAUACUUUGUUGAUACUCCCGCUAUAUGGGAAACAGAGAAAAUAGCUGCCACAGGUGCUACUGCAGUUGAUACAUCAAUAGCACAAUACACAGGUGGCUUACGAAAGGAACAAUGUGAAAUACCAAUUUAUGCAGCAGCCGGUUUACCUGAAUUGGCGCAUAUUGUUAUCGGUCUAGAAGGUUGUUCUCAUCAAGAUAAUGACUUUGUAGCGCUUUGUGUGUUAAACAUAAUGAUGGGUGGCGGUGGGUCAUUCUCAGCUGGUGGCCCAGGCAAAGGCAUGUAUUCCCGACUUUAUACCAAUGUGCUAAAUCGUUAUCAUUGGAUGUACAGCGCUACUGCAUACAAUCACGCUUAUGCUGACACUGGUCUGUUUUGUAUACACGCAAGUGCGCCACCAAGUAAUGUGCGUGAUAUGGUAGAAGUAGUGGUAAAAGAAUUGGUUAAUAUGGCAACUGAACCAACUGCAGAUGAAUUGAAUCGUUCUAAAAUACAAUUGCAAUCGAUGUUAUUGAUGAACUUGGAAUCACGACCUGUGGUUUUCGAAGAUGUAGGACGUCAAGUUUUAGCCACUGGCGGAAGAAAAAGACCCGAGCAUUUUAUAAAUGAAAUUGACAAAAUCAAUUCCGACGAUAUACAACGUGUAGCAAGAAGAAUUCUUGAAAGUCCAGCAGCAGUAGCAGCACGCGGAGAUAUUGGAAACUUACCAGAAAUGAAAGAUAUACAAUCCGCUCUAAACAAUGGCGGUCGUUUAAGUACUCGAAGACUCUCAUUUUUUAAGUAAACCACUAAAAUGUGUUCCGAUUGCUUAAUAAAUUGUCAAACAAUACACAAAAA